UUAAGAUUUCGUAUAUUUUUGUAAAAAAAAUAUUACAUAGGUUUAGUUUGGUAAUACAAUUUUGUGAUACAAUUAUUUUGUUAAAGUGAAUUAAAGUUACUUGGAUUGUGAUAGAAAGAUUUUUUAAUUGUUAUUUGUAAUAGCUUCUAAACAUUAAUGGAAACCGUAAUAAUGGUUUAGAACUAACAUACUUUGAAGAUAAGUUUGCAUGUAAAUUUUACAAUUUAAAAUAUCUUUAUUAUAAAAAAUAAAUUUGUUUUCGUUUACUGUUACUAUGUUUACUUAAUUUUAACAUAAAUGUUGAAAUUAAUUAUAUAUUUUCCUCAAAGACCUUUAAAAAUCACGAGUAUUUUUAUUAUAAUUUCUUAAAAUUCUGUAAUAAAAAACAUUUUUUUUACAGGAUUCAUGGGUCUGCGACGCACACGAAGAAUUAUUUUGCGGUGAAGAUAAUAGCGAUAACGAUGACGAUGAUGUUCGCGAAGAAGUCAACUCUGAAGAUGUCAGUGAUGAAAAUAAUAUUGGUUUUAGUAGAUUAGUAAAAAUGAUACAAAAAGAAGAGAAUAACGACACUAUAAAUGCUGAAGUAGUCGUGAGUAAGGCUGAAAUUUUACUUGCAGUUUUGAAGUAUGGAAUCACGUAUUAUUUAUCACAAAGUGCAUUAGCUGAUGUUUUUAAAAUAUUGAACUGUUUUUUCAAUUUUUCUUUAUUAUCUAGUACGCGCUAUCUUGUUGACCAAACGUUUAAUCCAGAAAUGAUCAUAGAAUAUCAUGCAGUUUGUCCAAAUUGCAAAAAAUAUGUAGGAAAGUUUGAUCGCAAAGAUCGUCGCGUGCAAUGUCAAGCAUGCGAUAUUGUAAUUUCAUUGAAAGAUACAACAUAUAAAGACUUUUUUACUAUUAUGAAUGUAAAUAACGAAAUUGUAAAUUUACUUCAAGACAAUCAAAAAUAUUAUGAUUAUGUAAUUCGCGAAAGAGUGCGAAAUAAUGAAAAAUUUGAAGAUAUUACGGACGGAGUAUUAUACGAAGAAUUUGUUGAUUUAUUAUCAAAAAAUGAUACAUUUAAUUUUGCCACGACUACGAUAAACUGUGAUGGCGCGCCGAUUUUUGAAAGUUCUAGAUUUUCAAUUUGGCCGAUUCAAAUGAUUAUAAAUGAAUUACCCUUGAAUGUAAAAAUUUGUAGACCUAUAGUGUGCGGUAUAUGGUUCGGUAAUGAUAAACCAAAUAUGAAUAUUUUUCUGAAGCCGUACAUUGUUAACAUGAACAAAUUGUUGAAUGAUGGUGUACGGUGUACUAUUACAAAUGAAGUACGCAUUAUUAAAGUAUUCACCAUAUGUUGCUGCGUAGACUCUGUUGCCCGUGCACCGAUGCAAGGUAUGGUUCAGUAUAAUGGCUAUUUUGGGUGUAAUUAGUGUUUACACCCAGAAUGUUAUGUUUUGUACAAAAAAGGUGGAAGUAUAAAAUAUACUUUGAUGAAUGAAGUACCACCUAAAAGAACAGAAAUUGAAACAAUCGAGCACAUGCGACAGAGUCUUACAUCUCGAAAUCCCGUUUAUGGUAUAAAAAAACCUUCAUACUUAAUUAAUUUGCAAGGUUUUAACAUUCCCACACAGCACAGGAUAUCGCAAUAUCCACCAGAUAUCCGAGGGAUAUCGCAAUAACGGUAGGACAUCCAUGGGAUUGCAAUAUGUCCAAUUGGAUAUCUCGAUAACCUAGGGAUAUCCUCAGGAUAAAGUGUGCUGUGUGGGAAUUAUAUCCGGUUUCGUACCAGACAGUAUGCAUUGUUUUUGUUUGGGAAUAGCGGAACAAUUUUUAGGGUAUUGGAUAGAAUCGAACAACUUGGCAUAUUCUUUAUCCAAUUCUGACAUUAUUAAAAUUGACAAUUUGUUAUUAACAAUAAAAGCUCCCAAUCAAGUUGCACGUUUAUUUCGCUCUAUACGAGAUAGAAAAUAUUGGAAGGCAAAAGAGUGGGAGAAUUGGAUUCUAUACUACAAUGUAUCGAUGUUAAUAUGUUUCCCACAUUUAGAAAUAUGGGUAAAGCAUUAAUCACUUUUAGUACAAGCAUUCUAUAUUUUACUAAAAAAAAGCAUUACACGUGACGAAGUCAAUCAUGCUCAUGCUACAUUAUUGACAAAAUUUGUUGUUUACACCGAACACUAUUAUUCGAAAGCUGCUAUGACGUACAACGUCCAUCAACUACUGCAUUUGGUACAAAGUGUAGCAGAUUGGAGUCCACUUUGGGCUCAUUCUGGCUCUUGUUUUGAAACCUGAAAUGGCCAACUAGUUCGAAAGAUCCACGGUGCUACGGG